AAAGUCCCCCCCUCCCAAAAAAAACAAAAAAAAAACAAAAACAGGACAUACGAUUGACCAAGAGAGAAAGAAGUGAAAAACGAGGAUGCUGCUUAAGUUGGCCAAAAAAAUAAAAAAAUAAAUAAAAUAACGGAGGUUGCUUCAUAGAUGUCCAAUAGCCGCGCUGGGGAGCAUGGUCCCUGAAAAUAGUAAUUGUCGAACUACGAGGGAGAGGUGUUCGCGUUACACGCCCGAAAAGCGUUUCCUUACAAGCCUCGCUUUCUCUUCAUGCUCUUUCGUUCAACACAAUUCCUCUCGCUGCUCCUCCCUCCCUCCAAAUUCUAACAAAUCCCCCGCGUAAUUUUCCUCCCCUCUAUCCAAUUUUCAACAUUUUUCCUCAGAUCCAUUCCUCUUCCACGUCCACUACGCCCCCCCGACAGUUCCACCAACCCACUCCACAACUAUCUUUCACGAUCUCUGGCCGCUUCUCUCUCUGGAUUCGAAUGCACCAUUAGAGUAUCCGUUUUAGCUGAAUAAUGGCGAGUCAGGUGGUCAGAGUGAAGAGGGAGACGCUAGAAGCAUGCAUGACAUGCCCUCUUUGUCGCAAACUUUUGAAGGAUGCUACUACCAUCUCUCUCUGCCUUCAUACGUUCUGCAGGAAAUGUAUAUAUGAGAGACUCUCAGAUGAGGAGGCAGAUUGCUGUCCAGUAUGCAAUAUUGACCUGGGCUGUCUUCCAGUGGAAAAACUGAGGCCAGAUAACAAUUUGCAAGAUAUUAGAGCCAAAAUAUUCCCUUUGAGAGGAAGAAAGAUUAAGGCACCAGAGGCAAUACCUUCAGUACCUCUGCCAGCCAAAAGGAAGGAAAGAUCACUUUCGUCAUUGGUGAUCUCUGCUCCUAAAGUUUCAAUGCAAACUGGCUUCACAGGAAAGAGAACAAAAACUGGUACAAGAAAGGCUGCUGCUUUACGUGGAUGCAAUUUUUCUGUUCAUGAAUCCAUAAAGAAGGAAGAAGGCUAUGCCGAGGAUAACCCAGAUUCUCCCAUAGCUGAGCCUUCUAAGAAGAAUAGGCCUAAUGAAGAUACAGAGAAAAAUGUGGAACUUCCAGAAGGAAAAGUUGAUCUCUGGACACCCUUGAAUUGUCUUGUUGAAGCUGCCAACAGAACAAAAUCCUCAAAGUUAACUUCGCAAGGCUUGUCUCUUGCCAAAUCAGAGCCUCCAAGUACUCCCAAUGGUGGACCAAGCAUGCCUGAAAUGACAACCAAAUCAGAGCCCCCUGCUACUGUCCAUAGUGAAUUACGUGUGCCUAAAACCAAAAACAAGGAUAAUGGACAUAAAACAAAAUUUGGACAUGAUAAGGAUGAAAAUGCUGUGCCUCUAGGACAAGUGAGGCGGAGAAGGGUGCGUCCAGCUGGUCAGAAAAGAGCUGCAGCAUCUGAGAUUUCUGCCUCAGCUCAAGUUAUGCUAGAUGCAGCUGGGGGCAGGUGUAACAGAGAAAACUGUCCUAUUUGGUUUUCAUUGGUUGCUUCAGAAGACCAGAAAGGAGAUGUUCCCUUGCCUCAAAUUUCAGCAUGCUACUUAAGAAUAAAGGAUGGUACUGUGCCCGUCUCCUUUAUUCAAAAGUACCUUGUGAAGAAACUUAAUCUUGCCAGCGAGGCAGAGGUGGAAAUAAUGUGCCGUGGUCGACCAGUGCUGCCAUCUUUGCAACUGCAUAACUUAGUUGAUCUCUGGUUCAGGACUGCAUCAUCCUCUAAAAAGAUUCCUGCUUCGGUUGGCUCCUCCGCCAAGGACUUCGUUAUGGUUUUAUCAUAUUGUCGAAAAGCCCUCCCUCCUUAGACAUUUUCCGUUCCUCUCCCUCAAUUUUGCUGUAUCUUCCUCCCCGGCCUCUUCUUCUUCUCAUCCGAUGAUGUCUUCUCCAACAUAGUGAAAAUAUGAGUCACAAAAACGUAUCGGCGCAUUUGCUGUUCCUAUUCCAUCGUUUGUCAAAGAAAUGCUUUUCUUUGUGAGUGUUCAAAUCACAUCCUAAAUUGGGGAAACUCCCGCGCGCAUUUCUUUCUAUAUUUUUUUUUUAAAUAUUUAUUUUGGAAUUGGGAGCUAUACGGCAACGAGUUUCUUCAUCUUGCUUAACUUUGUCAGGGUGCUGUCUAUAUUGAAUAUUUAUUUUGGAAUUAGGUCGAAGUUAUAUUUCACAUUUAA